UCUGUAAUUGGUAAAUUGUGAACUCAAUCUUGUUUAUUUAUAUAAUCGAAACUGUUCAAGCUGCAAAUCUUGUCAAUAAGAUAUACCAUGAUAAUGACUAUGUUAAUCUAACAUUUAUUAGUUGAUAAUCAGAGAUGAUUUGGAUGAAAUUAAUUUUGGUAAAAUAGAAUUGGUCUCACCUGAUCAAACCCAAUAUCAAUGUGGUGUCUCUUCAACGUGUAAUUCGUAAAUUGUGAAUUCAUUCUGGUUUAUUUUCAAGAUCGAAAAUGUACAAGUUGUAGAGCUUGUCAAGAAGACAAACCAUGCCAAACAUCAUAUCAAUCAAAUGCUGAUUAGUUUAUAAUCGGAGAUGAUUUGUGUGAAAUUAUUUUUACAAAAAUAGAUUUGGACACAGAGGAUCAAACCCAAUAUUGUUAUCCACGCGCCGCCGUCUCGCAUCCUGGGAACACGACUUAACUACCAGUUCUUUUUUUUAAAUUGGCCACAGCCAUAAACUGAUUGAUUGAUCGUAGGGGAGAAAGAAUACUCUUCUGAGAGAGAGAGAGAGAGAGAGAGAGAAAGGGAUGGAGAAGUAGGGAAGCUCCGGUCUCAACAUCGCCCUCAUGCAUCCUGAUCUCGGAAUCGAGAUCAACCCUUUUGGAUGCUGCAUCUGUGAAUAAUUUGUUUGCUUGGAGUUGAAUCGGGGUUGAUGGGGAAAAUCUCCGGAGGUUUGGAGUAUAAUUUCAUACAUAUAGGUUGUUGUUUCGAUGAGAUUUUUUUCCCAUUAACGCCAUUCACUUUCUUGAGGUUUCUUGAUUGUACUUUUCUAUCAUUCCAUUGUUGUUUCUGUUUGAAUGUAUCAAGACUCAAGAGGAUGAAUCUAUAAUUCUUACGAUUCUGAGAAGAUGGUUUUUUAAGAGGAAUACAUGAAAUUCGCUUUUGAAUUAAUCAUUACAUUCUCUUUUGAAGAGUUUCAUCGACAAAAUGGUCUUAAGAAGACAAAUUUUCUGUUUAAAAAAGUCUGUUUUUAGUUUAGAAAUCAACCCACCUUUUGGAAGCUGCAUUUGUGAAGAAAUUGUUGAGUUGGAUUUGAAUAGGGGUUGAUGGGGAAGAUCUCCGGAGGUUUGGAGUUUAAUUUUAUACAUUGGUUGAUCUUUGGAUGAGACGUUUUUUGGGGGAUUAUUGAUUAGUUCAAUUUCAUGAGGUUUCUUGAUAAUGGGUAGCACUGAGUUUUUAAACCUUAUUAGUUAAUGUGCAGCUAUGAGUUUAGGACUUCGGAUAUAAUUGACAUUUUACUUAUAUGAUUUUGGCUCUAGAAAUUGAUGAUGGAGGUGAAAGGUGAUGGCUUCAGUCUAGGUGGAAUGGAGUUAUUUGGGCUGAUGAUAAGAGUGUACCCUCAUAAUUAACAACAAAUUUUUCCGCAAAACAAAUUGCAGAUAGAGAUGGGGACUUACUGUGUCUUUCCUUUAAAGCAGGAAAAAAAAGAAAAGAAAAUGGAUUCAUGCAAAAAAUAUUAGUACCUUGCAAGCAAUGCAAAAAUAAAAGGAAAACGCUAUUGGGCUCUAAGAUAUGUAGGACUAUAUGCAUAUGUAGGACUAUAUGAGGUUGAGAGGAAACAUAUCUGAGGAUGAGAGGAACCCUAGGAACCAUAUCCAAACUUCUACGCCGGAUGGAAAAGAGUUUUAGGGGCUCCUUUCGUUCCUCUGCGCUACUGCUUGCCGUCGGGAGAUUUGUGAGGUUCUUGGGUGUUGUGCACUGGGGCUAAAAUAUAGACCAUCUACAUGGAGAGGACGACCUUGAUGAGAGGGAAACAGAGUUAGGAGGGUGGUGGUGACAAUGAUGAGCAGCUAAAGCAAAAAUGGCAUGCUUUAGCAUUGUUACUGCACGAUGUGAGUUUUGAAACAUACAAAGACCUUCAUGUAGAAGAAAACAACUCUGUGCUUAUUCGCUAUGGCAGCUUCUGCGAAAACCCUCACUCAUGAAAAGCCAAACCCAACUGAAGACUGGACGAUAGUUUUACCUCGACAUGGGAAACAGAGAAGGAAUUUGCUCAAAACUAGGAUCCCACAACAAGCACACUCUUGGGUUCCAAUUGACCAAAAAGUCGACCCUGACCGAGAAUCUAAACUGAUGCAGAAGAUGGUAGUCUGUAUGAAGAAACUUGAGAGCUCCGAAUUCUUCUGUAAUUUUAUUGAUCAAAUUCAUAGUCCUCAAAUCUCAGAUCAUAUUUCUAGGGUUUUGGGCUCUGAAACAAAGAUGCAGAUGGUGAUAUAUGGUAUUGGUAGCCUUGAAUUAUACGAACCCCCUCGAGUGCAGCUCGGUCUUGCGAUUUUGACGAAGAAAAGGUUCAGUUGGAUUGGAGAUGUAAAAGUAUUUGAUCCAAUUCUUUCCGGAACAGAAACUAGGGUUUUGGAAACUCUGGGUUGCUCAGUUCUUUCAGUCAACGAACAAGGCCGACGGCAAGCUUCAAAACCAACACUUUUCUAUAUGCCUCAUUGCGAGGCUGAAUUAUAUGACAACCUCCUGCAUGCAAAUUGGAGGGUGGACCUGUUGAACCGUAUAAUACUGUUUGGGAACAGCUUUGAGGGAUAUGAGCAAUACGUGUCCGUAUUCAAGAACUCAGCUGGUGUUAGUUUGAGGAAGCAUCUUUUGGCUGUUAGGAGAUUCACUAAAGAGUUUGGAAUCAAGACGGUUUCUGAUGAUUAUUAUCGGGCUUUAAACGAUACGAGCUGGCAUUUCUUCAGCAUUGAUCCUGAUAUGGAGCUGCAGUUUGGUAAAAUGAUGGAGAUUGUAGACAGUUGCUCUGAAACUGCUUGAUAUUUUUGAAACUGAUGAAUUUUGUUUCCAUUAUCUUGCUGGAACAAGGCAAUUAUUUUUUAAUUCAUGGCUAAAUUUCUUUGCCAAUUCAAUGUAAUCAGGGUGGUGUGAGUUUUUACACCCCCCUGGUAAAAAUGAUUGUUCCUUUCCUCUGGUUUUUUUAUGGUAACAAUUUGUAGAUGUC